AGCUUGAAGGCCUGUGGACUUCAACUCCCAGAAUCCCCCAGCCAGCAUAACUAAUUAGGGAAUUCUGGGAACUGAAGUCCCCAAGUCUUCAAGCUGCCAAGCUUUGAGAAACACUGUCAUGAAGGAUUGAGUGACAUUAUUCCAGUCCACUGUUAACCAAGUCAAUGAAGAUCUGGCAGAUGCAUUCCCACAGCAUGCUAAGCAAGGAUACAACCGAUUACGUCGCUUAUGUUGCCAAGGAUCCCAUCAACCAGCGAGCUUGCCACAUCUUGGAAUGCUGUGACGGAUUGGCGCAAAGCAUCAUCAACACCGUCGGGCAGGCCUUUGAGCUCCGCUUUAAGCAGUACUUGCACAGCCCUCCCCAAACUGUAGCAUCCCAGGAGAGGACAAUGGGAGUGGACGAUUCUUGGGGUGAAGAGGAAGACUCCUCAGGACACAAUUACUACAACAGCAUCCCCGGGAAGCAGCCCCCCUUGGCGGUUGGUGGACUCGCGCUCCAUUAUGGAUCAGCUUCCAGCCACACUCUCUCUCUGGGUUCCUACGCCACCCAUUUCAGCCAGGCAUGGGCUUGUAAGACACCGCUGCCUCGCAGAUUUGUGUCGCCAGUGCGCUUCGGCGUUUGCGGGAGCCGCUGGCUGGCUCUAAACUGA